AUGAAAUUGCGUUCACUAUUUUCAUCUAAGAGCGAUGCAUCUAUUCCAGUUUCUUCUGCCCCAAUGUUUUCGCCAUAUAUAUACGCUUGGGCUCGAUCUAAUCCGCACUACCGAGUCUCUACUCUGAAGCAAGCACACGAACUGGGUCUCAGCUGUGUGACUCUGGCAUUUGUGACCGAUCAGAAAUGGGAUGAGGUUGAAGCUUGGAUUGAUGACAUUGCUGCUUUUGAAGGGAAAGUGAUCAUAUCAUUUGGUGGUGCAAUUGGAACGUAUCCUUCUGGAUCAAUUGAAGCAGAGUACAGAAGGGCGAAGAAACUCAUUGUCAAGAGCGGGGCUUAUGGGGUAGACUUUGAUAUUGAAAACGAUCAAAUGAUCUUGCCUGUAAAUGUAGCCAAAAUUGCUUUGAUUGCAAAGCAGCUCCAGCAAGACCUUGGGUUGUACGUGUCGCUUACGCUUUCUGUAUCGCUAUCAGGCUUGGAAUCAAAAUCUAUAAACGUAAUCCGCACCUUUGUGAGACAAGGGGUGGAUAUCACAGUGAUUAACUCCAUGACAAUGGACUUCUACACUCCAAUCAGUACUUCGUGGGGAAUCAAAACCGUUGAAAUUUUGAAAUGUGUGGAAAGGCAGCUAGAGGGAAUAUACAAACACAAUGUCCGCUCCAAGGUUGGCGUUUGUCCCAUGAUUGGUUUCAAUGAUGACGGGACUUUUUUUAGUGCAGAGGACAUGCGACACGUUACAGCAUAUGCCAAACAGAGGGAAUUGGGUAUGGUGACGUUCUGGGCUUUGAAUAGGGACCAAGUAGGAAAGGGAGACAUAAACUUGUUUUCGGGAGGAAUGGAUUAUGAGUAUACUAAAAUAGUUCUUGAAGGGUUGAAGGAGUAA